UCGCAGAGGAAAGCAGGCUGGAAACGUCAUCAAAUAUCUUGAAGACACUAUCAUGUCUCGACAAGCCCUAAUCAUGGCCAACAUUUUGGGGGUUAGGAACAUCUAUUCGGACGACAAACUGACUUGCGUGCAUGUCCUCAACGUUAUUACAAAAUCCGUGAAAAGCCAAAUCCAGAAUAAGGAGCAACGUCAAGAUUUAUGCAAACGCCUCCAUGAUAAAGGAUUCAGGACCUUUUCGACCAAACUAGCCCAAGUCGAUUACCCUUUUGACUCUGAAAACAAGAGCAUCAAUGAGGAAAUUAACAAAGCAAUAAAGGAAGAUGUUGCCAAUGAGUUAUCUCGGAUCCUAGAAGUUUGUGUCGAACUCUCUAAAGAAGGAACAUCAUUUCUCAAGCAAGUCCUGGAUAAGUGGAUUUACACACUAAGGAGUCGGCCAUUAAAUCUAGAAAAACGCAUUCUUCUUAGUGAUCGACUUCUGAGAGAGUUGUAUGUUGAUUUCUCACUUGAAGUCAUGAUAGGUUUCGAAUCUAUCAAGACCCUAAACGCUACAAAGAUCAACACGAAACCUACGCAAUCUUCUACUUCUGUUUCUAGUCCAGACACUUCAGUAAUCCCGGAUGUAAUGCAGUUCGUAAAUUUCUAA